UGCCCGAGCUCAGCUGCAGCGGGUGUAGGCCUGGGUCUUCUCCGUCUCCUGGGACUCUUUCCACCGUCUGAGGGGCAGCGGCAGGAGUUUCCUCGGCUUGAGUCCCGGGGUCCGGGGUUGGAGGAGGCCCAGGCCCUCUCAGCCUGGGGAGCGCCAGCCCGUUUCUCACCUGGUUCCCACUCCUUCAGUUACGGAGGCUGCGUUCCCCCCUUGUCACUUGCAUAAGAUAUGGGGGUGGGGGGUGGAGGUGGAGGAGAGGCCUUAAGCUGAGACCUCUCGCUGGGCCCUGUCCCCAGGCGCCCCUGUCCCUGCAGAGGCCUCCUCCCGGUGAAGGAGGACACGCCGGUAUGUGGGCCUGUCCAGUCCGGGCUCCCAGUGCCCGCUGCCCCCACCGGCUCAGCAGACGGUCGGUCGGGGGCUGGACAGAGGCGUGACCAGGCUCCCAGGAGGAGGCGAGGCCCCUUCCAGGAAGAUGGGAGCAGCUCUCACUCCGGCCAUCCCAGGGCUCUGACUUCUCCACCCAGGUGAACUCCUCUUCCCUCAACUCCCCCACGGGGCGCGGCUCCAUGGCCGCCCCCUCGCUGCACCCCUCCCUGGGGCCCGGCAUCGGCUCCUCGCUCAGCUCCCCGGCACAGCUGCACUCGCCCAUCAGCACCCUGAGCUCCCCCAUCAACGGCAUGGGCCCGCCCUUCUCGGUCAUCAGCUCCCCCAUGGGCCCCCACUCCAUGUCCGUGCCCACCACACCCACCCUGGGCUUCGGCACCGGCAGCCCCCAGCUCAACUCGCCCAUGAACCCCGUCAGCAGCAGCGAGGACAUCAAGCCCCCGCUGGGCCUCAACGGUGUCCUCAAAGUCCCGGCCCACCCCUCAGGGAACAUGGCGUCCUUCACCAAGCACAUCUGUGCUAUCUGCGGGGACCGCUCCUCAGGCAAGCACUACGGGGUGUACAGCUGCGAGGGCUGCAAGGGCUUCUUCAAGCGGACGGUGCGCAAGGACCUGACCUACACCUGCCGGGACAACAAGGACUGCCUGAUUGACAAGCGGCAGCGGAACCGGUGCCAGUACUGCCGCUACCAGAAGUGCCUGGCCAUGGGCAUGAAGCGCGAAGCUUGUGGGCGCGCCGCUCGGGCCCUGGCGGCGGAGGGGCUGCCGCGGGGGCUGCGGGCUGACAAGCAGCCUCCCCGUGCCUCAGCUGUGCAGGAGGAGCGGCAGCGGGGCAAAGACCGGGCUGAGAACGAGGUGGAGUCCACGAGCAGCGCCAACGAAGACAUGCCAGUGGAGAAGAUCCUGGAGGCCGAGCUGGCCGUCGAACCCAAGACCGAGACGUACGUGGAGGCAAAUGUGGGGCCGAACCCCAGCUCGCCCAACGACCCUGUCACCAACAUCUGCCAAGCGGCCGACAAGCAGCUCUUCACCCUGGUGGAGUGGGCCAAGCGGAUCCCUCACUUCUCCGAGCUGCCCCUGGACGACCAGGUCAUCCUGCUGCGGGCAGGCUGGAACGAGCUGCUCAUCGCCUCCUUCUCCCACCGCUCCAUAGCCGUGAAGGACGGCAUCCUCCUGGCCACCGGGCUGCACGUCCACCGCAAUAGCGCCCACAGCGCGGGGGUGGGCGCCAUCUUUGACAGGGUGCUGACGGAGCUGGUGUCCAAGAUGCGGGACAUGCAGAUGGACAAGACGGAGCUGGGCUGCCUGCGCGCCAUCGUCCUCUUCAACCCCGACUCCAAGGGGCUCUCAAACCCGGCCGAGGUGGAGGCGCUUCGCGAGAAGGUCUACGCGUCCCUGGAGGCGUACUGCAAACACAAGUACCCCGAGCAGCCAGGAAGGUUUGCCAAGCUGCUGCUUCGUCUGCCGGCCCUGCGCUCCAUCGGCCUCAAGUGCCUGGAACACCUCUUCUUCUUCAAACUCAUCGGGGACACGCCCAUCGACACCUUCCUCAUGGAGAUGCUGGAAGCCCCGCACCAAAUGACUUAGGCCUGUGGCCCGUCCUUCGCACCCGCUGGUCCGGCCGCCCCGCCCGGCUGCCAGCUGCUCUUCUCAGCCGAGCCUGUCCCGCCCCUCCUCUGCCUGGCUGUUUGGACUUGGGGGCGCGGCCUGUCACUGCUAAGCCUGAGAUGUGCUGCCACCCUCGUUAUUUUCAGUACUACUCGACUGGACCGGGCAGUGGCCAUGCUGGGGUGGCAGCCGGAGUGGCAGGAACUGGUGUGAGCGCCGGGGGAGCCCGGGCGGCUCACGGGGUCUCAGGCCCCCGCCCCCGGAGCUACAGCGGUCAGAGGGUGGCUUUGUUCCGUCACUGUUUUGUUGUCGCUGGGUUUGGAAAUACCCCGUGCGAGGUCCUCUGUUUGCAGGGAUCCCUCUGCUGCCUGUGUGUGCUGGCAACCUGCCAGCCUGGCCUCACCCACAAUCGGGAGGAGGGGACAGGUGCGGGGGGGUUGGCAUUUCAUUGCAAAAGACCCCACGUGCCCCCUGGGAGGACGGGAGGGGCUCUGGGGCAAGCAGCCUUGUCUCCCCUCAGAAUGAAGGGUGAGCAACCCGUUUCCAAAGAUGACUUUCAACUUUGUCCCCGAGCCAGUCAGAACAGAAGCUGACCUCUGUGCAGGGUUUGGGGGCCACCUCAAGGCUGCAGGGGCUGGAGUCACCUGCCCACCCCACCCCACCCCACCCCUCCCCUCCUCAUUUCUCUCUUUGCAUUGUCCUGGUUUCAGCUUCUUCUCCCACAUGGUCCUGUCCAGCCCUGGGUAACCAACACCCCCCCCCCCCCCCACAAAUCUUCCAGUCUGUGCAGAGGGCCAAGGCUGACCCCACUCCCCAGUCCUGGAGGGCUAGCCUGGUCUCUGGCCCUCCUGGAAGCACUGGGGGGGCCAUGCCGACCUGGGCUCUGCUGACCUCUCAAGGGCGGAGGUCACCACCAAGGAGGCCCACAGGGACGGGAGGAGAGGAGAGUCACUUUCCCCAGAGGGUCCUCGGGCAGCUGUGCACGUUGAAGGAGGGACUUGUGGGCACAUGGCUCGGGGGGGCAGAUGGCCCAUCUGGAGCGCUCUGGGUAGAGAGGCCCCUUUGCUGGCUGUUCUGUCCAGAGGACUCUUGGGGUCAGGAGCCGUUGAGUGCCAGCACCCUUGGGCCGGGGCUGGGUGCCCCUCGGGGGCAGCCAGCCCGGCUGUUGUCUUGGCCGGCUGAUGGAGCCCUUUGUGGGAGCUCCAUCAACACCUGCUCUGGUUGAGGGCACCCCACCCAGCCCUGCACCGGCCCCUGAACCUUUCACCCAGCCCAGGCAGGCAGGCCCUCUGCCCCUGGGGCAGGGGCGGGGGUGGGGUCUCUCAGGUUGAACUGGCCUCUUUUGCACUGUAAUGCCCUCCCUUUGGUCCGAGUACUUUCCAUUUUCACGCCUCGUACUCCCUGAACCCAGCAUUUGUCAGUCGUGGGGGCCUGAGCCGGGCCGGGGGGGCCGGGGGUAGGCGUUAGGGAGGAGUCCUGUCUUCUCAGCCCAUCAGGGGCAUGCUCUGCGAUGCCUGUCUUCUUCCCGCUGCUCCCCACCAGAGAGGCCCCAGAGCGGGGGUGGGCGUGGGGGCUGUGGAUGGCCUCCCCCCAAGUCUGUUCCCCCAGGUGCUGCAAGGGUGCCCCUGGGGCUGGAAGGGGAGAGGCCGGCCUCCAGGCCUCUAGGGAGGAGGGAGUCCAUUCUUUGCCCUCCAGAGUCUGGCCCGAGCUCAGUGUGAGGCACCUGGGCAGAGGGUGUGGAAGCUUCCACAAACACGUCCUUUCUCUGGCACCCCACCCCGCCCUUAACUUGGUGGCCCAGGCGAGGCGUCCCCUGCCACACAGGCACCCCCAGCCCCGUCCACCAUCUGAGGCAGAGACGGGGCGAGCCCACGCCUACCGAGUUGUCCCUCUUCCCAGACUCUCCCUGAAAGUCUUGGCAGCCUUUGGGGGCGUGCUUGUGUCAGGCAGAGGGACGCCGGCACCCUCAGGGGCCUCCCUCUGGGACCCCCUCCCCCUGGGAACAUAGACCGCCCCCCGGCCCACCACCCUGGUGCCUUCUGCAGCCAGAUGCGCCCUGUCCGCACCCAGCCCCCUCCCGCUCCCCUGGACCCCUCGGGAACGUGGUGGCUCCAGUGGGGAGAACCCAGGAUGGGCGCUUUGCUGGGGGGUCGGCCUCGUGGGCUGGCUGCUCGUAAGGCACUGAGGUCCCCAGGCCACCCCCUCCCAAAGCCAGAAAUCCCCUGGCCCCUCGCCGCUCAGCCUUCCGUGGCCCCGCCGGCACGGCAGCAUCUUGGGCUCUUGGGGCUGCCCUUUCGUCUUCUCCUCGGUCCGCUGUCAUCGAUGUUGUCAUGCAGUGCUGUUUGUUUGAAAGAUGAUGGUGGGGAAACGGCACAUUACUCAGUAGAGAGGUAGGAUUUUUAUUUAACCAGACCUUCAGUAGUAUUACCAAUCUGGUUCAACUAAGGUGAUUUUUUGUAAUUAUUAUUAUUAUUAUUAUUAUUUUGGUGGGACAAUCUUUAAUUUUCUAAAGAUAGCACUAACAUCAGCUCAGUAGCCAUUCCGGUGCCCGUCCCCGCCUGCUGGGCGCUUCCGGCACGUCCCCUCCCUGCUUGGACAUCAGAUGGGGCUCCCGAGGCCGAGGAGUGAAGACGACCGCGCCCCGGGUUUGGACGGUGUUGGCAGAGCCAGACUCCGGCUCGUCCUCCGUCAGGCGUCUCCUUGGAAGCUGGCCUGCCCGGGGAGGUCCGCCCAGAUGGCUCCCGGGUCAGCCCCUGGCCCUCUCGUCCCCUGGGGGGGAAGAUGGCGCCACACUCUCGGUGUUCCGGAAGGAUUCGGGCUGGCAGGCCGGUGGCCAGUGCUGGAGACCAUGCCGAGCUUCCUCCUCCGUGGGGGCCCCUGGGGGGGCCCGGCCGGAACGUGCAGCUAGUGGGUAAUCAGCUGAUGUUGUCCCCAUCACGGAAUUCGGUCCCUGCCCACGCAGGUGUGUGGUGUACAAUGUACAUGCUGUACAGAGACCCUGUGUGCACAGACCUGCUCGCCAUCCACACACGUGUACCAGUUCCCAGCAUUCUCUGUUUAUUUUUAAUCAAGACUUUCCUCCCCCCACCCCACCCCCCGUUUUCCUACAGAUUUGCUUCAUGUAAGCAAGUACGUAAGGACCCCUCCUUUGGUGAAAUCCGGGUUCGAAUGAAUUAUCUCGUGGCAAGGAGAUGCAUCUAUUUUAAGAUGCUUUGGUGCAAACAGGUUUAGCCGUUCCCAGUCCUUAGAAUGCCUUAGCCGGGAUGCGUAGCUCACACUUAGAGAGGAUGACACACACAUACAGAGAAAAGAGAUGUCUAAAGCAUCGGGAAAGGUAGAAAAAAAUCUAUUUUUGUACAAAUGUAAUUUUAUCCCUCAUGUAUACUUGGAGGAUGUGGCGGGGAGGGGGGACUUGUUUUGUUUCUGCUUCUAGAGAUUGAGGUGAAAGCUUUCUGAGUCAACGUUGGGACGCAAGGCGGAGCGGAGGAGGGAGCUCUCGGGACGGGGCACGGGCUUCAGACGAAACCGCGGCACGUAGAUGUUUUCUUUCUGGGGCAGGAAGGUGGGCCUGGAACUUUCAAGGGUUUUCUUCCCCUUUCGAGUAAUUUUUAAGCCUUGCUCUGUUCUGUCCCUGUUGCCAGCUGGCCUUCCCGAGACUCUGACUGUGAAAUUACUUCCCCACGUGAUUGUUCUCGAAAACUUCGUGGCCGCAGGUGCCGGGGAUUCAUGAACAAUGGUGUUAGAAUUGUGGAAAAGAGAAACUCAAAGCCAAACGUGAGAGGAGAAACAAACAAAACAUGAGUGUUUAAAAAUACAUCCCCAUUCAGUUUGC